GCCGUAUACAUUAUUUCUACUCUUCAAUGGCUGUCCUCUUGCAGACACACUGAGAAUUUCUAAUCCACGCGUGGAAGAAUGACUAAUUUCAUACUGCAUGCACGGCUAUUUUGAUUACAAGUUUGAUUCCGUUUUCUCUCAAAUGCAGGAAAUUAUUUCCAGCUUUAAUCGGCCUUACACAAGAUAACCUCAAGCUAGAGGAGACCUGCUGUUUGUUUGACAGCUCUCAAGUGCAUCUUGAAUUUUUUAUAUAUUUUGCGUGUGUGAGACUUCUUCUAAAUCCAAACGUACUUUUUUAUUCCGUCUUCAGUAGUCGGAGCGACAUUUCGAGCUUGUUUAAAAUAGUAACAGAUAUUGAAAGUGCAAUUUUUUUAACGCGUCUCGGACAACUCGUCCUUGCAAACUGAAUCCGAAUCGUCGCUACUUCAUUAGAACAAUAGCAGCGUCUUCACAUCUGGAUUUAAAUCGAAAUCUAGACUAAACUCUUCUUCUUUUUUUUUUUUUUUUUCCCAACGCAAAUACACACAGCGCCUGAAUGGGAGUGAAACUCUCCCACACGGAAGUGACUUACACACGUUAGGCCAGUGAUCCACUGUGUGUCUUUUUUAAGUGUCUUUGUAUUAGUUGCGUCCAUUUAAUUAGUUAUUAAAAUGAUCCCUGAUAAGGCACCAGGCGAGGACGUGUUACAUGCUUCAGAGGACUUGAAGAAAGAAGCGCACGUCCCCAGUUUUGAGAAAUACAAGGAGCUCUACAUCAAAUCUGUCGAGUCUCCUGAGGAGUUCUGGGGAGAUAUCGCCAAAGAUUUUUUCUGGAAGACAAAAUACACCGGGAAGUUCCUGGACUACAAUUUCGAUGUGACUAAGGGUGAGAUUUACAUGAAGUGCAUGGAAGGAGCCACAACCAACAUCUGCUAUAAUGUUUUGGACCGCAUCGUCCAUGAGAGGAAACUGGGUGACAGAGUGGCUUUUUACUGGGAGGGUAAUGAACCUGGAGAUGAGAAGACGGUGACCUACAGAGAACUGCUCCAGCAAGUCUGCAAGUUUGCUAAUGUCCUCAAGUCACAAGGCGUGAAGAAAGGUGACCGUGUGUCAAUUUACAUGCCCAUGGUGGUGGAGCUGGUGGUGGCCAUGUUGGCCUGCGCUCGGAUUGGAGCGGUUCACUCUAUUGUGUUUGCUGGUUUCUCCGCCGAGUCGCUGUGUGAGAGGAUCAUGGACUCUCAGUGCUGUCUUCUUAUAACAGCCGAUGGGUUUUACCGCGGUGAUAAGCUGAUCAAUCUGAAGCUUAUAGCCGAUGAAGCGCUAAAGAAAUGCAGGGACAAGUCUUUCACCGUGAAGAAAUGUAUAAUGCUAAAACACCUCACAAAGGAAGAUGAGGCCUCACCGCCGGGCUCGCUGUCACCCCCAGCGAAACGCGCCUGUCCUGACCUGCAGCAGGAGAAACAGAAAGAAAGAGUAAGGAAGGUCCGUCCUCCCCCACAGGUGCCGUGGAAUCCUGAGGUGGAUGUGUGUUGGCACUCUCUAAUUGGUGGAGCAUCAGAGGAGUGUGAGCCUGUCUGGUGUGAUUCAGAGGACCCGCUCUUCAUCCUCUACACCAGUGGCUCUACUGGGAAACCUAAGGGUGUGUUGCAUACAGUGAGUGGAUACAUGCUCUACACUGCGGCCACCUUUAAGAUGGUGUUUGAUUAUCACUCUGAUGAUGUGUACUGGUGCACUGCGGACAUUGGUUGGAUCACCGGUCACUCAUACAUCACAUAUGGGCCCUUGGCCAAUGGUGCGACCAGUGUGUUGUUUGAGGGUCUUCCCACAUACCCGGAUGUGAGCCGAAUGUGGGAGAUUGUUGAUAAAUAUCAAGUUUCCAAGUUCUACACAGCACCCACCGCCAUCCGGCUCCUGAUGAAGUACGGCAGUGAGCCCGUUCAGAAGUAUAAGCGGACCUCCCUGAAGAUUUUGGGGACAGUAGGGGAGCCCAUAAACCCAGAAGCCUGGCAGUGGUACUACAGCGUUGUGGGAGAGAAGAGAUGUCCGGUGGUGGACACCUUCUGGCAGACUGAGACGGGUGGACAUGUGAUGACCCCUCUGCCGGCCGCCACGCCCUUGAAGCCUGGCUCUGCCACAUUUCCCUUUUUUGGAGUUGUACCUGCUAUUCUGAAUGAGUCAGGGGAGGAACUUGAAGGACCAAGUGAAGGCUAUCUGGUGUUUAAACAGCCUUGGCCAGGUGUGAUGAGAACCGUGUAUGGGAACCACCAGAGGUUUGAGACCACCUACUUCAAGAAAUUUCCUGGAUAUUAUGUGACUGGAGAUGGCUGUCGUAGAGAUAAGGACGGGUACUACUGGAUCACUGGAAGGAUAGAUGACAUGCUGAAUGUGUCUGGGCACUUACUGAGCACUGCAGAGGUGGAGUCGGCUCUGGUGGAGCAUGAAGCCGUGGCUGAGGCAGCGGUUGUGGGGAGGCCACACCCUGUCAAAGGCGAAAGUCUCUACUGUUUUGUCACCCUCAAUGACGGAAUCAACUACAACCAAAAGCUGGAGGCGGAGCUUAAAAAGCAAGUGAGAGAGAAGAUUGGUGCCAUAGCUACACCUGACUACAUUCAGAAUGCUCCCAGCCUUCCAAAGACCAGAUCAGGUAAGAUCAUGCGUCGUGUCUUGCGGAAGAUAGCGUGUAAUGAGCGGGAUUUAGGUGACGUGUCUACAUUAGCGGACAGCUCUGUCGUAGAACAGCUGUUUGACAACCGCUGCUGUGCUGCUGUGUGACCACCAGGGGCAUCGAACACUGUCUGGCCCCAAUACAAGCUUCAGUUCUGAAAGGAAAAGGAUGAAUCUGAGCUUAGAAUGAAGUUUAGGAUAAUGUUAGCAGGCAGACAGAAUGAGAAAAAAAACAAAAAAAGACUUUAAGAAAUUGCUAGUAAAGCACAAAGUUUGGGAGCGGCACAGUUUUAACUGCAUUUUUUUUUUUUUACAGGACUCACUUGUAUAUUAGAAAUCAUUGUUUUACCCCAAAAGUUUAUUUGUAUUAUUUGUUUAUCAUUUCCUCCUCUUUUAUCCAUGUUCAGUUUAUUCAUUAAUCUUUAUAUGACUUCACUGUCCUGUUUUCAGUGUGCCAACAUAACCUAAAAACAGGUUCUCAUUUGUUUUUGUUUUUUUUCCUCCACUAAAACGGUAAAUAAGACUGCACAUGUCACGAUUUUGUUGUAAUGUAAUAGCGCUGUGUUAAAUCUCUGCUUUGGUCAAAGGUUUAAUUUUUAACAUUUAACUUUCUAUACAAGCCAAAGCAUGCAUUAAUAUUUACCAGAAUAACAUGGUAUCAUGCAGGUGUUUCAGUAUAUUAAAACUAUGUAUGUUUUACCCUGGAACAGCUUGCAACUUUGUGAUAAAAGCUUGUGUGAACUGAUAUUAUAUUUCUCCAGGGAAGUUAUAUGAAAGAGCUUUGGUUGACUGCAUAAAGGCUGUAUGUUCAUUUGAAAACAUACGCACAAGGAGUAAAUGGCAUUUUUGCAAGACCAUGAUGGUUUUGUCAUAGUCCUCUGAACCGAAGAUAACACUUAGACCUGUUCAGUGGGCUUUCCAUUUAUCAAGUCAUACUUCAAAGUGUUGAAAUCUGAUAUAUUAUAUUGGGAAGGUAUCCUCUCAUAAAAUAUUUUCUGGAGAAAAGUGAUCAAAUUCCUGCAGUUUCAUGAGUGUGUGGUGCUCUCAUGCACCAGUACUGGAUUGUAUUUCUACUGUUGUCAGAUUGAUUUCUUCCAGCUUGGCAUUAAUUGCUUUUGUUUUGUUGGUCGAGUUUGUUUUUCAUAGCUGUUAAUGUGGAUGAGUAUUAGCUGUCAGUGCUUUUCUCAACCCUCUAAACACUCACUAGCCUAUAUGAUGAGCGACUGAAUCUUUGAACUUUAGAUUGUUUUUUGUUGUUGUUGUUGUUUUUAACACUUUAUUUUCCUUUUCAUUAAUUUCCUUGUAUUCUGCUCAUUUGUGCAGAGCAACAAACAGAACUGGGUGAAAUAAAGUGCUGAAAUUUUGAAA